UUAAAAUUGAGUAGGAUCAAAUGCUCUAUCUUAUACGGAGCAUCUGAUGUAACACGUGCAUCCGACUUUCUUCCAUGGUGGAAGUUGUGGCACCACAUGUGCAUCACAGACUCACAGUGGCAUUGAAGAUGUCUAAUCUCAUUCAAGACAGGAAUGGCUGAUUCAAGUACAAGUACUACACUGCUACUCUCGGCCAUGGCUGAUUCAAGACUGUCUCUUUUUCAUCUUUCCCUCCUCACUUCUACAAGUUCUAGGAAGCGUAGCACUCUCCUCUAUGGCGGGUUCAAGUUUAUCGCUGCUAUCUCUUUUUCUUCUCGCACCGCUCUCCCUCGCCACCUUCCUGUACCUGAUCGUCCGGCCUCGCCCUGUGAAAGUCCCAAUCAAGAACCGCCACGUAUUCAUCACCGGCGGCUCCAGUGGCAUCGGCUUGGCCGUAGCUCACCUCGCGGCUUUAGAAGGUGCCAAGGUCUCGAUACUAGCUCGGAGUGCCGAGAAGCUGGAGAACGCCAAGCGCGCGAUCCGGCUCGCCACCGGAUGCGACGUCGCAAUAUUUAGCGCCGAUGUCAGAGAUUACGACGCCUUGAAGAGGGCCGCAGAAGAGGCCGGCCCUGUCGAUGUUCUGGUCUGUAAUCAGGGGGUUUUUAUGGCGCAGGAGCUGGAGACUCAGGAUCUGGAUGAAGUAAAGCUCACGAUCGAUGUGAAUUUGACGGGGACUUUUAAUUUGAUCAAAGCGGCAUUGCCGGGAAUGAAGAACAGGAGAAAUCGUGGACCUGGGUCAAUUGCGAUUAUGUCAUCCCAGGCCGGACAGGUUGGGAUAUAUGGUUAUACAGCCUACUGUGCUACUAAAUUUGGUCUUAGGGGUAUGGCAGAAGCAUUGCAGCAGGAGGUUGUUUCAGAUAACAUUCAUGUCUCCCUGAUAUUUCCUCCAGACACUGAUACUCCUGGCCUUGUUGAAGGUAUUGAAACAAAGAUUGAUUUUAUUUAUCCUUGAUAUGUGUGAUUCCCAAAGUUAUCAGUUUCUCUGUCCAAAUCAAGUUUUUCCCCACUGACACACACAAGCAAACUUAAAACUAAAAAGCAUCUUUAGUCCAUAACUAUAAGUUUUUGUAAAACUGAUCUUGUAGAGACCCUCUUUAGCUGUGUACCGUUUGACCCAUUGCUUUUAAAACAUCAACAGUUCUGCCCUGAACCCCUUGAAGAAUUGCAAAUUUAUGGAAUGUAAUGUUCAAAUCAGAGUUCCACGUAAUUGAUGGUGACAUGUCAAAUUGUCAAUUUUAUCAAGUUUAAUGUACGACAAAGAUUUUUUUAUUGAUUCACAGAUGGUCUUUGUUUAUUCUUAAGAUACAUUUUUACCAUUAAUUAAUUUUAAUAAAUUUGACAUGUCUUUAUCAAAUCAUUGUUUCACUAAUUUGAAAUGUGCUUGCUCACGAACUUUGCAAUUUUUGUUGGCUUCUUGAAUCCAAACUAAAUUGUAGACAUUUUUAAAGAAAUAGGCCUAAAUUGCCGAAAAAUUUCAAUUAGUCUACUUUGUCCAUCCCUAUUUACGAGACAAAAAAAUGCUUUUUACCCAAAAAUACAAAUGCAGUGAUGGAUCUUCGAUAGUAAUGAGUUGUUUGCUAAUGAUAUUAAUAAAAAUGUAACCUCCUACACAACCUGGGGUGUUAUGUAUACAGUUUCUAAGAUAAUGAACUGUUUAAAGGUGGGUAGGCUUCUCCGCAUUUUUCAUGGGAAUGGUUCAGACAUUGACCAACACGUGAGCCCAAGUGUCUGACAGGACUCAGGACCUAUUUUUUGCUCAAGGGAUGCUUCCCUUUGGAAGACCAAGGGUCUUCUUUGCCAACCAUCCCCAAUCUUUGUGGCAAGCCCAAUCCUCUGAACCUAAGUUAACCCAAGGGCCUUCUCCUCAACCGCAGACCAAAAGCCUGAAGCUCCUCAAUUUAGCUUCUUAUUUGUUAUUGGAUACCUAUGAUUGUACGAUAUUUUGUAGCUAGUUUAUACGUAGUAUCUAUUUCAACUUUCCAAUAAUCUAUUUCUCAAGGUCUCUUUGAACUUUGAACAACUAUUCUGAUAAUUUUACCUUUCCUAUAGAUAACAAAACGAGGCCACCGCUAACAAGUAUAUUAGCUGCUUCUUCUAGUAAAAUGAAAGCUGAGGAAGUUGCCAAGAAAGCUUUGGAUGGCAUUCAAUCUGGAAGUUUUUUUGUUCCGUGCAACCUAAAGGGGUUUGCACUAUCCAUAGCCACCGCUGGUAUGUCUCCUCAAAGGUCAUUCCUCAUGGCCUUUGUAGAGGUGUUGGCAGCUAGCAUAAUGCGUAUUGUGGCUCUCUACUUCCACUGGAAUUUGCAUAGAAGCAUUGAAAUGCAUCACCAUGUGAUGAAGAAAUAGUACGUUAUACUAUAUUUGAGCGUAUAUAUGGUGUUAUUUCGUUACUUCUAGUGUGUUGCUUUUUUUCUUCAACAGUAAUGAUGUCCUCUGUCUGAUCUAGGCACUUGGUGUAGUACCCGGAGUGUUGAUUACUUGAUUGUGUCAUAUUGUUGAUUUGAAAAUUUAGGGAACACAAUAGUGUUGGAAAAAUGCAGUUAGUAUUUUUUUUUUGCGAGGAAUUAGAACAAUUGCAGUUGAUAUGGAGUUUUUCCCCGAAAUAAUGUGAAUUAAAAGUAUUUACG